AUGGGCAACCGUAUGUGGAGCAUCAUCGUGAUGGUGCUGCUGGUGCUGCAGCACCUGGUGGCCUCAUCCGAGGCGGCUAAUCUCGGCCAGCUGGUGAAGAAGCAGAGUCAGCCGAAGCAGGUGCAAUCCUCGCAUCAGGGACAGCAGACGGGGCAGCAACACCAACUGCCGCAGGGACAGCAGAUCCAUGCCCAGCAGUAUGUGCAGGACAACCUGGCCGAGCAGCAGGAUCUGAAGUCUGAGGAGGAGGAGGACCAUGAUCCCUACCAACUACUGCAGGAGUCCAAGCAGGAGUCGCGUUUGCCGAACUCGGCCAACUAUCCCUGGAGUCCUUAUGCCGCCCCCGUUCCGCAGGCGAAUCCCUACGAGGCCAUGCCCAAGAUGCUACCCUUCAUAGGCUACGCCCAACCAGUGCUCAUCCCCUUUCCGCUCUACCUGGCACCGGAUAUGUUCUAUCCCGCCUUCUCCGCCGGCUCCCCCGGUGGCAAUGACCUCGAGGAUGUGGUGAUGUCCAGAGCCGCCGGCGGACGACGUCCUGCCGCCAAUCACCCCCAAGCUGCCCGCAAUUCACCCAUCUACUAUGUGAGACUGCCACCCACACCCUAUAUGUUCUUGCCCAAUAUGCCGACGUCUCCAUUUGGUGGAGGCUUCUCCCCUCUGCUCACCUACCAGCCGAUGCCCUCCUUCUCCGCCUACGGAUCCGUGUUCAAUCUGCCCGUGAACUUCUUGGCCAACGGGAAGCCCUCGGGAGUCUAUCAGGUUAAUGGAUCACCGGGAGAGGGAAUGCCUGGCUUGGGAGGAGGAGGAGGAGGAUUUGGCAUGCGGCCACCUACCCCAAGUAAUCCCUACAGACCCAUGUCCCCUCCGCCUUCGAUGGGCGGUUACGGGGGCUCCCAGCAGAGCUUCGGCCUGGCCUCCAUACCAGUUCCUCAGCAGGACUCCAAGUUGACUUCCCUGAAGCGCCCCUUCGUCUUUAAUGGUCGUCCCGAGGACAUCUACAUCCUGCCCAACAACCUCAGUCCGCUCUACAACGAACAGAGCUAUUACUAA